AGCAACCCCCUCCUCAACCCCUCCAACCCCCUCGUCACGGAUCUAGAGCAGGAAGUCCUCGACGAGUACGCCCGGCUCCUCGGGAACGUGAAUGCGAUGAGAGGGGCAAAGCUCUCCACCAAACUCGCCGACCUCGCCGGCUCCCCCGCUUCAAUGACUCUCGAUGGCCUCCGCCAUCUCGAACGGAAGACCGCCACCGUGUGCACGCUGCUGAAAGCGAGUGUGUAUAGUAUUGUGUUGCAGCAGCAGAUGAUCAAUGAGUCGGAGGGACAGCAGCAGCAG